CAAACAUCAACUUCUAAAUUCUCUGUUUCGAAUGUUGAGUUUGCGGGAGAUUUAGUCACCCUAAAGUAGUUCAAGAGUUCCUAACGUUACGAUUUACUUACCACAUAAUAAAACUGAUUUUUGAGUUUGCUUUAAUGCGAAACUAUGUUAAUGUGGUUACAUUGCAAAUCAUUCGGACUAAUAUUUGAUUUAAGGAUAAUAUUUUAAUUGACAUAUUACUAUUUUACUUUCUAUUCCAUCUGAGUAAAUAUAUAAAAAUGCGUGAGCGCUUCUCUACUGAAGACAGCAAUAAUUCUUCUACGGAAUUUGGUUGCUCUGUGCAUGAACUUCAGGGACUUAUGCAGUUGCGUGGAGCUGAAGCAGUAGAAGUUGUGAAUAAAAGAUUUGGUGGAGCUUCUGGAUUGUGUAAGCGUCUUAAAACCUCUCCAACUCAAGGAUUAUCAAGUCAUGAUUUGGCAAAACGUCGUGAAGUCUUCGGGACCAAUAUAAUACCCCCAACACCUCCAAAAAGUUUUUUUCAACUUAUGUGGGAAGCUUUACAGGAUGUAACAUUGAUUGUUUUAAUGGUGGCUGCAGGUGUAUCACUUUUACUGGCAUUAUAUUCUAAAUAUUUUGGUGGAGAGCAUAGUUCCGGUGAUGAGAGUGAAGGUGAAGUUAGUUGGAUUGAAGGUGUUGCUAUACUUUGUGCUGUUUUGGUUGUAGUUUUAGUAACAGCAACAAAUGAUUGGCAGAAAGAAAAACAAUUUCGUGGUUUACAAGAUAAAAUUGAAUCAGACCAUAAAAUGUCUGUUUUACGAGAUGGUGAUAUUACAGAAGUACUAGUUGGUGAUAUUGUUGUUGGUGAUAUAUGUUUAGUGAAAUAUGGUGAUCUACUGCCUGCUGAUGGAGUGAUUCUUCAAAGUAAUGAUUUAAAGGUUGAUGAAAGUUCAUUAACUGGUGAACCUGAUCAAGUGAAGAAAGGUGAAAACAUUGAUCCAAUGUUAUUAUCAGGUACACAUGUUAUGGAAGGUUCUGGUAAAAUGGUUGUUACAGCUGUUGGAGUGAAUUCACAAGCUGGUAUUAUAUUUACAUUGUUAGGUGCAACUGAAGGAGACAGUUCAACUGCUGCACCACCGCCUCCAAUUAAUUUAGCUAAUGCUAAUGAGAUGACACAAAUUUCAAGGAAUACAAAUCCAAACUAUGAUGCAGAUGGUAAACAACAACAUGAAAUAAAUAAAAAUCCUAAUGAUCAAUCUAAUGGUAAUAAACAUUCAAUUAAAGGAAGUGGCCAUGUCGCUUUCAGCGGUACAUCUGAAGUUGUGGGACCAGGUAAAAAUAAAUCGGCAGCCACAGGUGGUCGUAUUGAAAAUCAUCAACAUGAUAAUUUAAAUCAGCGUAACAGUUUAGGUAGUGGAGAUGCAGAGGCUACUGAAGAUAGCAGUGAUGCACCUAAAGGUCGUAAACGAAGAAAGAAAAAGUAUUCAGUGCUUCAAGCGAAGUUAACUCGUUUAGCCAGCUUAAUUGGACAACUGGGUACCGUUGUGGCUAGUUUAACAGUAAUAAUAUUAAUUGUAAAAUUUUCUGUCACUACAUUUUAUUUUAACAAAGAACACUGGGAUACAGGCAGACAUUUACAUCAAUUUGUACAGUUUAUUAUUAUUGGUGUAACAGUACUUGUGGUUGCUGUGCCCGAAGGACUUCCAUUAGCUGUAACUAUUUCAUUAGCCUAUUCUGUCAAGAAAAUGAUGAAGGACAAUAAUCUUGUACGACAUUUGGAUGCAUGUGAAACAAUGGGUAAUGCAACAGCUAUCUGUUCUGACAAAACAGGCACUUUAACAACAAAUCGUAUGACGGUUGUUCAAUGUUAUUUUGGUGAGAAAUUAACCCAAAACACUGAUCAAUUACCAAAAUUGAAAGAUUUAAAUCAUAGAAUUGGACACAGAUUUGUGCAUGGUGUCGCAAUUAACAGUAGUUAUACAUCACGUGUGAUUAUUCCAGACAAACCAGGUGAAUUACCACAACAACUGGGAAAUAAAACCGAAUGUGCUUUGCUUGGAUUUGUACGCCAUUUAGGCGUAAAUUAUGAGAACAUACGAGAACGGUGGCCACAAGAAAGUUUAGUGAAAGUAUUCACAUUUAAUUCUUUACGAAAGUCAAUGAGUACAGUGAUUAAAAACUUGGAACCUGAUAGGCCAGGUUAUACUGUUUUCACUAAAGGUGCUUCCGAAAUGGUUUUAAAAAAAUGUAGUUUCAUCCUGGAUGCUAAUGGUGAACCUAAACCAUUUAGCAAAUCUCAUCAAGAUAAUUUAGUUCGAGAUGUAAUUGAACAAAUGGCUAGUAAUGGACUACGUACCAUAGGUAUUGCAUAUAAAAGUUAUAUAGAUCCUACUGUUGGGCUAUUUUCGAAUGAGGUUCCUCUAAAUCGUGGACAGACACCUGAUUUUGAUGAUGAAGAUACUAUCGUUUCUGAUUUAACAUGUAUUGGAAUAGUCGGAAUUGAAGAUCCUGUACGACCAGAGGUUCCUGCAGCCAUAAGAAAGUGUCAACGCGCUGGGAUCACUGUACGUAUGGUAACCGGUGAUAAUGUCAACACAGCGAGAUCGAUAGCUGCUAAGUGUGGCAUUCUUAAACCAGGUGAUAACUAUAUUGUGUUAGAAGGAAAAGAAUUCAAUGCUCGUGUACGUGAUCCACGUACAAAUCGUGUUAGACAAGAUUUAAUGGAUCAAGUAUGGCCACAAUUAAGGGUUCUUGCACGUUCUUCACCACAGGAUAAAUAUACUUUAGUAAGUGGGAUUAUAGACAGUCAUAUUUCAACUCGUCGUGAAGUUGUUGCUGUAACUGGAGAUGGCACAAAUGAUGGACCUGCAUUGAAAAAGGCUGAUGUUGGUUUCGCUAUGGGUAUAGCAGGAACAGAUGUUGCAAAAGAAGCUUCAGAUAUUAUAUUAACAGAUGAUAACUUUACAAGUAUCGUUAAAGCUGUUAUGUGGGGAAGAAAUGUAUAUGAUUCUAUUUCAAAGUUUCUUCAAUUUCAACUAACUGUUAACAUGGUCGCUAUUAUAGUUGCAUUUGUUGGUGCGUGUCUAAUAACUGAUAGCCCACUUAAGGCCGUUCAAAUGUUAUGGGUCAAUUUAAUCAUGGACACUUUGGCGUCAUUAGCCUUGGCGACCGAAAUACCAACAGAAGAGUUACUUGAACGAGCUCCAUAUGGUAGGACAAAGCCUAUUAUCAGUCGUAAUAUGAUUAAAAAUAUCAUCGGGCAGUCUGUUUAUCAACUAAGUGUUAUUUUCUUUCUAAUAUGGUUCGGUGAAUUACUGUUAGAUGUUGAAAAUGGUCGUGGUUUAAGUGCUAAAGGUAUAAAUCGUCCAACAGAACAUUUUACUGUGAUAUUCAAUUCAUUUGUUAUGAUGACAUUAUUUAAUGAAAUUAAUGCUAGAAAAAUUCAUGGACAGCGAAAUAUAUUCUCUGGAUUAACUAACAAUUUAUUAUUUGUUAUAAUUUGGAUUUCGACAUUUAUACUACAAGUUGUAAUUAUUCAGUUUGGUGGCUAUGCAUUUAGCACACGGCCAUUAGCUUUAGAACAUUGGUUAUGGUGUUUAUUUUUUGGAAUAGGCACUCUACUCUGGGGUCAGGUUAUUAUUUCAAUACCAGUAUGGAUAAUACCAAAGAGAAGACGUAAAAUAGCCAAGUCAAGACGUUUAACAUUAAUUGCAACACAGGAUGCAUUGGGAGUAGAAACAGACGGUCUAGUUACUCAAGAUUUUGUACAUCCACAACUUGCAGAUGGUGGUGUGGUGCAUAGAGCUAGUACAGGUUUUGUUAGUAAAGCGGCAAAUGCGGUUGCUCGUGGUUUUGGUGCAAUUUAUACACAACCUGAAGGUGAGGAAGAAGAGGAAGAGGAAGAGGAAGAUGAAGAAGAAGAUGAUGAAGAUAGAGAGGAUAUAGUUGGUGCCAAUCUACGUAAUACUGGCCAAAUAUUAUGGAUUCGAGGCUUAUCAAGAUUACAAACACAGCUUCGUGCAAUCAGAGCAUUUCGUGGUGGUUAUUCAAGUAAACUAUGUGAUAUGAUGGAAUGGAGUAAUCAAUCGAAACGAUAUGUCAAUCAAUCAUAUAUUUCACAUUCAUAUCAAACAAUAAAUCGUUCAUCAACAAAUGUUUCAAAGAAUAAUGAAGAAAUACUUAUGAAAUCAGUAAUUCAUUUGAAAGACGAUAAUGAUGAUGAUAAUAAUAAUGAUAAUAAUAUUGGUGAUGACGAUAAUAAUAAUAAUAAUAACUCUAGUACAGUCAAUCAAGAAAAAUAGUUUUACAGAAUUUCUUCUCAGAACUUUUAGAAAAGUAUUUUAUACAACCAACUAAAAGAAAAUAGAUCUACUGUCAUCAUCCUAACUCUUUCUUUAACAACAUACAUUUAUAUAUACACACAUAUAUUUGUCAGACGAAAAAGGUAUUCAAUUAAAUCAGUAAUUAAGAAGUGUUUUCACUGCUUAAUUAACAUUAUGAAUUAAAUUUUACCUUGGGUAAAUUUUACUCAUGUUUUAUUAUUAUUAUUAUUAUUAUUAAAAUCAUCAUCACAUGUCUACUAAAACCAUUUGCCAUUAUUUACUAUUUUUUACACAAUUACUAUUCCUAUCUACUAAUAUUUACAAUUAUAUGUAUAAAAGAUUGUGAUAUGGUCUAAAUUACUUAAGUAUAUUUCAUUUGCAUACAACAUUACAAUCUUAAUGUAUGUAUAUGUGAGAAUUUAUGUGAAAUAUUGAGAUGAAACAAUCAGUAUCAUAAACAGUAUACAUUAUCUUAUUAUUCAAGAAUUAUAGAACAGUUUAAUUUAAAAUAAUUGUUGAUUACAAAGUGAAUAUUCUCUGAUACAUUUUUACUCAUUCAAAUUAUGAGCAUUUUUUUCCCUUGACAGGUAUUAUUCUAUAAAUAAGACUGAAUAAGGCUGUGUGAGGUUAUAUAUACAUAUAUUGAUUUUUUUUAAAAACACAAACAACUAUAACAGAUGGACUAUAUCACCUUUUCUCAUAUUCCUCUAAAUUCUUCAUAUUUAAAGCACAGUAACCAUCUAAUAUCUACUGUUUACUGUUUUAGUGAUAGUAUUAUUAGUUUUGAAUUUAGUAUAAAACAACAAUAUUAACUUAGAAAUAGAGUUAUAGAAUUCCUUCAAACUAUUAACAAUUCAUCAUAUUCACAAUUUGUCUAUCUUGAAGUACACUUAAUAAAAUAACCUAUAUGAUUGUCUACAUUUUUAACCAUAAAAACUUGGAUAAGUUAUUUAAACUGCAUGAUAUAUAUGAUAGGUUCAGAGGGUUGAAAAACGAUUAGGAAUCUCACUAUUUUUACGGUUAAAUGAAGAUAACUCAAAACUCAAUGUCAUUGUAACCAAAUAUUCUGACUUUCCUGCAAUUAUUGUUUUUCUAAACUCUUAAUUAGAUUUCCAAUUUUUAAAUAAGAUUCCACUUAAUGAGAGAACAAUUUUCCUCUUGUAGUUCAGAUACUUAAUUAGUUGAAUAAUAUAAUAUUAUCAAACAAUACAAUACUGUACUUACAGACUUUAUAUCUGUAUGUAUGGACAUAUUCAAAAAUACAUACAUAUUUCAUCUUGUCAUUCAUUCUAUCCAGUUUCAUUUUUAUUUCUUUCAUUUGUUCUUGCUCUUAUCUUAUUAAAUUUAUUACAACAUAUAAUAAAAUGUGAACAGGAAUGAUAAUUUCUUUUACCUAUUCUAUUGUCCUAUUCAUUCUGUUUAUUAUUAUCUGAACUAUGUUGUUUAAAAAUAUACACCGUUUCUCCUAAAAAAAAAAUACCCUAACUACAAUUCCAGUCAAUUAUUAUUAUUACUAUUGAUUCUAUUGUCUUCAUUUGAUUGAAUCUGACUUUUAUGAUGAUAAUUUUCUCAUUCAAAUUUAGUUUAAAAUCAUGAUAAUAUUUUUUCUAAAAUUUCAAUUAAUGAUUGUAUACAUUAGGUUUACAAAUUUUGAUGUAUGAACUGAAUAUAUAUAUAUAUAUAUAAAUAUAUAUAUAUAUAUAUAUAUAAUUGAAGAAAACAAAUAUAUACUGUUAUAAGCCUUCUUAUAUUGAUUACUUUCUUUCGUUACUGACGCCUCCACUGUGAUGCGCUUUCAGUGAGAAAAUGAGAUUUCAUGUUUGUUUUUGUUUGAAAAAAGACUUCUCUAUCUAAUUACUGAUAAAUGCAUGCUUGUUAUUUUCAAGUUGAUACAUUGUUCUUAAUGAGCAACAAUGAAUAAACAUUGUGAAAGCUGAAAGAAUCCCUAAAGAUAACGAAAGAAAUAUUGAGGAUGAUCACCACUGUUAAAACGACUUAAUAACGUAUUUCCAGCUCUGAGUCAAUUGAUGUUGUUUCAGUGUAACACCACACUAUCAGGGAAUCUUAUAAAUUAUUUUACCAUUAUAUUACGCCGAUUUGUUUCAAACCAUGAUAAUUAAACUAAAUAUAAGUGAUUUCAUGAA